GUGUGAAAUUUACAAAUGGCUGCUCGACAGUCGCAGGCAGACCGUCUGUAAAGUACGAACACGUUCAUACUGCUCUUCGUCAUGGGACCGUUCGUGCCAGGUUUGAGAGGAAAAUUCAACCGGUUUCUAUCUGAUAUACAGCUGUUACAAUAUUUGAUCGUAUUCUUUGGACUGUUUAAUUUAUCUCUGUGCCUCUACGAAGAUCAAGUUGGGAAAUUCGACUGGCGACAGAAUUACGUGGGAAAAAUUAAAUUCGCCAGUUUCGAUACCGUAUCGGCGGCUAAAAAGAUUAUUGUUGCCACUGAAGAAAAUGUUGUUGCUGCUUUGAAUCUCAAGUCAGGCCAGAUACUAUGGCGACGAGUAUUAGAACAAGGAUGUGCGGGUCAUGUUCGAGCUCUGGGAGGUGUGUCCGAUGGAGAUCUCAUUACAGUAAGCGGUGGAGUUCCGGCUAUUGUUCGUGCCUGGGACCUGGCCACUGGUCAUAUCCUAAAUGAAUGGCCAUUAGCCGAACAGAACCCUGAAAGGCUUGACUCUCCACUAAUAUCAUUUAACACAACAGGAUUGUAUGACCCUGAAAGAAUAGAAGAUGUAAUGUGGCACAUAAAAGAUGGAACCCUGCACCAUAUUUUACCAACAUAUAAUGGUGAUGCCCAUAAAACAGAGGUUGAAGUUACUUCAUAUGAUAGUAAAACUGGAGAAAAACUCAAGUCUAGAAAGAUUGACGCAGCAUUUAUAAGCAAAGAGAGCACAUGUGUCUUGGCUGUGCCAUACAUAGCCUGCAUUGAUCAGCCAGAUUUAGCAGAUAAGGUUUAUAUUCAGCAUUUGUAUGCAACAGAUUCAGAUUUUCAGGCCAUUCCAAUAAUAAAAAUCUUUGGCUCCGAGACUGGCCACUUGAGCAAUUUGGAGUCCGUACCUGGUGACGAGCCUGUAGUAUCGGUCAGCCGAGAUAAUGGUGAAACGAAGAGAAUUAUUGUAAUCAACACAGAAUCGGCACCUAUUCCUAAUGAUUUAAGCAAAGAUACUGCACUUUACAUAACUACAGCUGACGAGGGCAAGGUUUUGCUUCAAACUUCGUUUGAAAAUCAGGUUGCAAAUGUCGCAGCAGUAGAAUUGUCAACUUUUUCUCCAAUUCCAAAUUUAUCCGUAUCUUUAUCUCACAACUCCAUACAAGCUCCUACAAUUGUGGCAUCCAUCUGUCCUCGUCAGCCAAAGGGUACAGGUUGCCGACACCUUUUAUCAUCCGAGGAUCACAGUGUUGCUUUAUUACAACACAGUCGUCUUGUUUGGGUGAGAGAAGAAGCUCUGGCCAAUAUAGUCGCUGUAGAAAUGAUGGAGUUACCUAUGUCAGAUCGGGAACAGGCAAUUGAAACGGAGUUUGACCAAAAAGAGAAUUUUGAUGUAGAUGGUUCAUGGGAUGUUGUAAGUAUGAUGGUACGAAGAAUAUGUUCACAAGCCAACCAAUUAAAGGGUCUACUUCAAGCUGUGAUGGGUUUUUCGCCUCCGCAGUCCACGCAGAGGGCUGAUUUAGUGCGAGAUGAAUUUGGAUUGCAUAAAAUGAUCGUUGCUGUCACUAGUGCUGGAAAGAUAUAUGGUAUUGAAUCAAAACGGGGAGAAAUCAUUUGGCAAUUAAGAGUGAAAAAUAUUACUGGUUUUUCAAAGGCAUCAAAGAAAAUGGUUUUGUACGUACAGAGAGGUAGCAGACAUUUUCCUCAUCCUCCUCAAUGCGCCCUUCUCGCAGCAGAUAAGGAAACUGGCAAUGGAGUAAUUUACACGUUUAACCCAAUGACGGGUCAGCCUCUGGGUGAAGUCACCAGACUGGGAUACAAAAUUAAGCAAUCUAUGUUGCUUCAUGUAUCAACAGACGAUUUUCUUCGCCCAAUUAUCCUUCUUGAUACCGAGGACUCUGUGCAUGCAUUUCCUGAGAGCGCCAAAGCAACUGCUGCUUCCGUUGCCAAGAGUGUUUACAUUUUUACAGCUGACCAAGAAACAGGGGUGCUAAGCGGAUUUUCACUUGCAUAUAGCACACCUGAGGAAUUGAUAGCACACAUGGUCUGGCAAGUCAUUCUGCCUACAAAAACCCAACAAAUAGUAGAUGUCGUUUCAAAGAGUACAAUAGAGCGCGUCCAUUCCCAAGGGCGAGUUCUGGGUGAUCGAUCUGUACUUUACAAGUACAUAAAUCCGAAUUUAGUUGCUAUAGUGGUACAAGGUGUUGGCAGCACUCAUAAAAACACGCUUACUUUAUACCUAUUGGAUGUGGUUUCUGGUGCGAUGGUAUUUUCUGUUGUUCACAAGAGAGUUCGAGGACCUUUCCACGUUGUACAUUCAGAAAAUUGGCUUGUGUAUAGUUACUUCAACGAAAAAAGUCGUAGAACAGAGAUAGCUACAUUGGAACUCUACGAAGGAAAAACUCAGAGUAAUACCACAGCUUUCUCUUCGCUGACUACAACCGUUUUGCCGAUUGUAGAGCGACAAGCAUUUAUAUUCCCUGCAUCGAUCGAGUUUCUGCGAGAAACUAUUACUGAGAAAGGAAUAACAAGCAAACAUAUUAUGGUUGCGUUAGCCAAUGGAGGCAUCUUAGAAUUACCGUGGAUGCUUGUUGAUCCAAGGAGACCGAUUAAUCCAGAGAUGAGAGAGGAGGGAGUUAUACCGUAUAUGCCGGAAAUUCCAAUUCAGAUGGACGCAAUUGUUAAUUACAAUCAGAGCAUAGCUAGGGUUUCUGGAAUUCACACGAGCCCUAGUGGUCUUGAAAGUACUUGUCUAGUAUUUGUUUAUGGUCUGGACUUGUUCUACACACGAGUUGCCCCAUCAAAAACUUUCGACGUACUAAAGGAAGACUUCGACUAUUACCUUAUAACAAUAGUUCUUUUAGCAUUAACGGUUUCGUCUUAUGUUACAAAGAAGUUAGCAUCACGAAAGGCACAAAAACAAGCAUGGAAAUGAUGUAUCGAGAUUGGACUGAAUCUAGUACUGUUUUCAUCUGGUUUUUGUUCACAAUAGAGAAUGCUGAUAGUUGAAGGUAAUAUUGCAAAAUACAAUAUUUUAUAAAUAGCUAUCAAAGGUACAAAACAAUAUCUAGUAAGUGGUUAAUGUACCCAAAGAUGAUCUUAAAAUAGAUUAUAUAGAUUUAUUUAACUCUUUUACUGGUACGUGGUGGAUAUUGUCUUGUAAAAAAAUAAAUUGUGCCGGAUAUAAUUUCUAAAAGAAGUAUCGGUUAACAACGAUUUAAGAAAAUGUCUGUUAUUUAAUUUAGAUGCAGAUAUUAUAUAUCUUUCCAAGUUUUCAAUUCAAUUCAAUUGUAUCAAAGUAAAUAUAUGUAUCGAGUACUGUUGAUAGCACUACGUCAGAUUUCCUGUUUUAAUUUCCUUAUUAUUUAUUUUGUGAUGGAUAAAUUUUCAAUUAGCGGUAAAUUCUAAAUUAAUGUACACAAACGACAAAGUAAUAGAACUAUUCCAUUUCAUUCCAUGUGUCUUAUGUGCUGAAGUACUAAAACUAGAGCACAGGUAUACAAUACAUAAACCUAGGUAUGAUUCUUAGUAAACGUGCAUACUUUGGGACGUAUUUAAUUCACAGUUUCAGGUUGAAUUCGUCAUUCUAGUAAAAGAGUUAAAGCUUUCCAAAGAUAUGAGUGAAUUUUGUAGACAAGUUUUAUACAUAAUUCUCGAUAACUAAUUCGCCGCAGUAAAAAUUAAAAGAAUAAAAGAAUGUUGAAGUGUUAGCAUUUUCUCUCAAUCAUACAAUGCUUGCUGUUAGUGUCACACUGCCUAAAACACGUUCACUAUUAUUUUUAUUGAAGUAAAGUUUUUCAAACCGUCAAUAUUUCGAAAAUUGGAAUGUUGCUUUUAACCGGAUUUAAAUGAUUAUCGUAUUGGGCACGAUACAAAAUAAAAUUCUUUAAACAUACCUAUCCCUUACGAAAUUCUUUCGUUGGUUGGGCAUUGGAUAGUAUGCUUGUUUGAUACGAGUGCCAUAUUUCUUUUUACAGUGUUAGUUACAAUGUUACAGUGUUAAACAAUUAUGGAUUGGUUUUGCAAAUUAGCCAAUCAACUAUUUAUUCAAAACUAGCGACCCACAGGUGGGGUCUAAUUAGUGUCUUUUUUGUCUUUUAAAGUGAAAUAAAAUAUACGCGAAACGGAAACAAAAGUAUUGUUGUUUACAGCAUUUGUGAACAUAUAUAUAAUUUUAGUUGCCGUUUAGUAAUUUGACACUGCGACGUUAAUACAAAUAUUUUAACUUUGAUUUGUUGAAAUUAUCAAUCAGUAUUUAAAAUGAUUGGUGGUGUCGGUUAGGGUAUUUAAAUGAUGAUGAAAUGUAUUGAAUAAAAUAAUAAUAAAAUUGAGAAUAAAAGUAGCCAAUU